AAAGUGAAAGUUUAAUUUUUGUGUUGUAUGUAAGUUUGUGCGCACGCAGCAAGCAAGUCAUCUUCCUGUCUCUCCAUCUCUCUGUGAUCUACUCCCAUUCCACGAUGCUGCUCAGUGCAAAACCUAGCUUCGCUCCUGUCUGGGGAUUCAACUUUGAAAAUGUUCAGAGGAAUGCCAUGCUGGAAGAGCAGAUGUCUGGACAGGGGUUCAAAGCCCCCAAAGCACGGAAGACUGGCACCACCAUCGCAGGGAUUAUAUUCAAGGAUGGUGUGAUUCUGGGAGCUGACACCAGGGCCACUGAUGACAUGGUGGUGGCCAAUAAGAACUGCAUGAAGAUCCAUCACAUCGCUCCCAACAUCUACUGCUGCGGAGCGGGCGUGGCUGCGGACGCCGAGGCCAUCACGCAGAUGAUGUCAUCGCAGCUGCAGCUCCACGCCCUGUCGACAGGACGGGCUGCCCGCGUCGUCACGGUUACCACGUUGCUCAAACAGAUGCUGUUCAGGUACCAGGGCCAUAUUGGCGCCUCCCUGAUUGUGGGCGGGUACGAUGUGACUGGGCCACACCUCUACACCAUCUACCCACACGGCUCCACUGACAAGCUGCCCUACGUUACCAUGGGGUCUGGAUCUGCGUCUGCGAUGGCUGUGUUUGAAGACCGGUUCAAGCCCAACAUGGAGUUGGAGGAGGCCCAGCGGCUGGUUCAAGAUGCCAUCACGGCCGGUAUCUUCUGUGACCUGGGCUCCGGCAGCAACGUGGACCUGUGUGUGAUCAGCAAGGGCAGUGUGGACAUCCUGAGACCCUUCAACCAGCUGGGCAAGAGGGGGCGCAAGCACGGGCAGUACCGUUACAAGCAGGGCACUACGGCCAUCCUGACCAAGACGGUCACUCCCAUCGCAGUGGAGCUUGUAGAGGAGACUGUCCAGCGAAUGGACACUGAGUAGCAUCCACUACAGGCACCCUCACCUGUGUGUCUGUCUCAAAGGGCUCCUACCCUCCCCGUCACAUUACACGCUGAUCCAGUUUUUGUCAGGAUGCUUAGUAAAAGCAGUAAAUAAUAAUGUAAGCAGAAGUCACAAUAAAUAAUGAUACAGAACAAAAUCCAUUUGAAAAUGUUCCCACAGUAAAAGCAUAGCAAAGCACAGUAAAAAGCGAGUCAAGGCAUAGGUAGCAUUGUAAAGACCAGAGAGGUGUGGUAGAGCAUAUAAAAUAAAUGGUAAACUCAUGGUAAAUGUACUGUAUAACCAUGAGGGAAAAACUACUAAAUUAUACCAGAGCAAUGCUUCAGCCCCCUUGCUGUGUCUUUAUCAACUUUUUUGUAGUUUUUUUCUUGCAAUUCAAUGAAAAGGAUUAUUACUUUA